ACAGGCAAUGAUCGAUUUUCAAUCCAAUCAAAACGCACUCUCUAUCUUUAUUCACUGCUACCGUCGCUAGUUCUUAAUUGUGUUCAAUGGCUAAAACUGCUUCUGUAGUAUUGACCCAAAACCUUUCUGAUACCAAAAGGACCACCUCCUUUAAUCAUUCAGCUAAUGAUGAUGAAAUCCCCACCAUUGAUUACAGCAUGCUGAUCUGCUCUAAUGAUCCUGAUCAACGACUCAAAGCCCUCCAAUACCUUGCCUAUGUCUGCGAGGAGUACGGCUUUUUCUAUCUGGUAAAUCAUGGGGUGCCCGAUAGCGUAAUUGAGAGAGCACUAAAUGGGAUUUCCGAUUUCUUUAAUCUGACGGAGGAGGAAAAGAUGGAUUAUGAGAAGAAGGAUUCAACGGAUAGGAUCAGAUGGGGGCUAGGGUUCUCACCCGGGGACCAUGAAGCUGUCAAGAGGGAGUAUCUCAAGGUGCUCCCACAUCCAAAGUUUGAAGGCCCUGCUAAACCAGCUGGUUUCAGGGAGGCCUUGGAAGAUUAUUACCAAAGGAAUCGAGAGGUGAUAAUUAAUUUGGCUAAAGCAGUAUCGAAAACAUUGGGAUUUGAAGAAAAUUACUUAGAGAAGGAAUUUGAGCUGGAAACUGGGGCUGAUGUUUCUGCUAUGAACGUGUAUCCGCCCGGGUUUAAACCCAACACUCAAAUCGGUUUGCCGGCUCAUUAUGACCCUGGCUACCUUGUUUCCCUUGUACAAAACGUCAACGGUGGUCUCCAACUAAACUAUAAACAAAAGUGGAUCAAUGUUGAUAUGCCUUCCAAUGCCCUUUUCAUUAAUAUUGGGGAUCAUGUUGAGGUUUUAACAAAUGGGAAGUACAAGAGUCCUAUGCAUCGUGUGAUCCUGAACAACGAGGUGAGAAGAGUCUCUGUGGCCACAGUCCAUGGACCAUCACUUGACACAUUUGUGAAACCAGCUCCAGAGUUUGUGGGCGAGUCUCACCCACCAGCAUACCGAGGGAUGAUCUACAAGGACUCCUUGGAAGCCAAUGGUUACCAUGAGAUCGAUGGAAAAUCAUGCAUAGCACAACUUCGGCUAUGAAAUAGAGUUCAUGCUGGGAAGGAGUUGUUAUGUGCUAAACCAUUAAAAUAAGGUUUAUUUAUGGAUAUACCCCUUGUGCUUUUAAAAUAGUCUCAGAUUACCAAUGUUCUUUGAAAUAUCUCAAUAUACCACCUAUACUUUCAAUAAGUGUCUCACGUUAGCUAUUCUGUCAGAUUUGAGAGAAGUUCCGUUAGUUGAUGUGACCCUCACUUCUUUUUAAUCUCUUAACAAGAGAGAAGAAUGGUUAGUCAGGUUGAGAAAAUGGGGAAUUUGGGAGAAGAAGGUUUUCUGAACCUCCAGAUUCCCAAAUCUAAAAUUCCCUCAACCUAACCUUCUUCUGUUGUAGUGCUAAUACUUAUGAAUAAAGUUUAUUGGUUUCAUAAUAAA